GACUCGUCUUCCUCCCCAAAUUCCUGAAACCCUAGACGACAAACAAGCGUGGAAGUCGCCAUGGGCGUUCGCUUGAUAAGCAUCGACGGGACCAGACGUGUGUGAAGAAGAAGACUUCGUGAGACUUGCAGCUUUAAGUUAAUUCUGUCCACUCUGAGGAUCUACUAAAUCCGGAAUUCUGUAGGAUUUUGAAUGUUCUUUUGUACCGUUUGUCAGGAUUUAGCUUAAAUCCUGCCUAAAUUAUGCGUAAAUCCUAUUAUCCAACAGCCCCUAGAGUACUAUUCCAAUUAUAGAUUCCGUCUUCCAGUUGUUUAGGGCUUUGGUUUUACUCUGCCAAGGAGUUGCAAUAUUCUCUGCUUUCUCCAUUUUCCUUGACACUAGCAUACUCUUUAUCGCUCUUUCGUCACCAAUUCAAUUCGAGGUUGAGGAAACUUUUCAUUGCUCCACUAUUAAGUAAGAAAGAAGAGAGUGAUGGAUAUUGCGUCUUUCGAUCUGGAUGGCAAUGCCGAUGCCGUCGAGUUCUGUCCGUAUCCAACAUUGCAUCAAAUCCUUGCUGCAGCUACCUACACUUUACAGCAAGAUGAAAAUCAGCCCAUCCGCUCCGGAAGCAUAUCCCUCUUCUCAGCCACCUCUUCUGGCCUCAAGCUGCUUGAUCGCGUGCAAACCCCCGGCAUCUUUGAUAUCAAGUGGAAUUCUGGUUCCCGUGAAACAAAUGGCACAAGCAAUAACAUUGCCCACCAUCCCUUGCUCGCCCAGGCCACUUCUGAUGGAUUUCUCACCCUUUACAGUUUACAUCCCAUUGAUUUUUCUUUGUCAGAAGUUUGUAAAGAAGAAGUCAGCUCUUCUAUGUGCUUGUGUGUGGAUUGGGGCUCCAAUGGCAGCUCAAUUUCAGUAGGUCUUUCUGAUGGCUGCGUUUCAACUCUUGCACUCCGGGAGGACCAGUUGCAGAUAACACAAUCCUGGUCAGCCCAUGAAUAUGAAACUUGGACGGUUUUGUUUGAUGCUUGCCAGUCUCAACUAUUGUACACAGGAUCGGAUGAUUGCUCUUUCAGCUGUUGGGAUUUGAGGCAAAAGUCUUCAUCAUCAAUGGCUUUUCGAAAUUCUAAAUCCCAUAAGAUGGGAGUCUGCAGUAUCGCACAGUGCCCCAGUGAUUCCACCAAGUUACUCACAGGGAGCUAUGAUGAGUUUCUUCGGGUCUGGGAUGUCAGAUGUAUUUCUAGACCUGUCAUGGAGAAUUCUGUGUGUUUAGGAGGAGGAGUAUGGAGACUAAAGUAUCAUCCAUUGGUUGGAGGCUUGGUGUUGGCGGCAUGCAUGCACAAUGGUUUUGCUAUUGUGAAAAUAGAUGGAGAGAAUAUUAACAUAUUGGAAACUUAUACUAAGCACGAUUCACUAGCAUAUGGAGCUGAUUGGCAAAGAGCUGCGUGUGUGGAAGAUGGAAAUAAAAGUGGAUUGCUUGUUGCUACGUGCUCAUUCUAUGAUCGGCUUCUAAGAAUAUGGAAACCAUAUAGUUUGGAAUGAAGAUAUUACUUGCCUCUUAUUUAUUUGCAUAUUGUCAGGAGGCAGCAUAUGACAUUCAUAUUUGAGAGCUAGACAUACCUCCUUGUCUAACCAGGCUUCUUCUGAAAGCCAAGGGAUGAGAGCUACGAAAAAUCCUUCAUUUGUAAUUUCUAUUGUGUUUUUCUUAUCUAAUGCUUCUCACCAUUUCAUUCAGAGUCAUGCUUAUUCUUUUAGCAACUCUGUUUUAUUUAAGAGUUCUGGAAUAGUUCUUCCAUGUGAAUCCUAUUUGCACAGCAAUAUUAUUAAAGCUCCAUUC